UGCCUCGACCACCAACCUGUCCGGCGGCUUUGACUCCGGCGGCAGCUACCUGAGGAAGAGUCCGGACCAGUACAGCUCGAGAGGCAGCAUGGAGAGCCUGGACCCUCCCCAUUCCUCCCAGCUUCACUCCGGAGCUCAGCACCACCACCCGCUGGGACACCACGCCCACAGUGGACCUCACCCUGCCUACUCGUCCUGCCACCAGCUGUCCUCUGCCAGGUCCUCCAACAGCAUCGACCACCUCCACAGCAAACGAGACUCCGCCUAUUCCUCCUUCUCCACCAGUUCCAGCAUCCCAGAGUACCUUGCCUCCACCCCCUCCUUCAGCCCAGAGCGCUCCUAUUCUCUAGAGACCGUCCCUCAGAGAGAAGGAGGAGGUGGUGAGAUGCAGCAGGCUGACAUUCAUUACAUCCAGGCUGUUUACGACAACCAGCAGGGCCUAUCUCAGGAGCACGAGCUAAGUUCCUCCUCCGCAGCGAUGCUACGCAACCAAGAUUCCAGAGGGACGAGGCCGGGGCUGAACCGAGAUCUGCAAGGAUCAUUGGUUGGCGUCUGCUACCGUGGCACCAGCAGCGGCAGCAGCAGCAGUAGCGGCAGCAGCAGCGGUGGCGUGCCGGCUUCCAACAGACACAGCGUAGGUCCCAUAUGGAGCCCGGCGGCCAGCGGUAGCUCCUACGAGAGCCUGAAGGGGGCACCAGCUCCACCGCGGCGCAGUGACAGCUAUGCAGCGAUCAGGAACCACGAGAGACCAAACUCCUGGUCCAGUUUGGACAAUGCCCGGUCGCUGCGGUCUCUGCAGAAAGGUUCCUGGCAUCACUCCAGUGGCCCCGUGGCCUCAGGCGCAGCUAAAGGCUCGUAUGGGAUGGAGGGUCAGCUCCACACAGUGAUAGAGAAGAGUCCAGAGAGUAGCCCCACCACGAAGCCUCGUCAGGGUGGAGGGUUUCCUCAGCCGCCCUCACCCCCUGAAUCUUCCUCUGGGUCUGUAGGCCCCGCCCCCCAGUCCGGCCGACUCAUACUUCCCACUGUGAUGUACCCCGUCCCCCAGCCCGAGCCCCACUAUGCACAGAUGCCCAGUUCCAACCCUGGACCAGGCUCCUCUGCUGUCUACCCGGCCCUCGCUAAAGAGAGCAGCCGACAGCAGCGCCAGGGGCUACAGGGAACUGGAGGGAGGGAUGAAGGAGUGACAGAGCAGCAAAAAGAUGGAAAGAUAUCAACUACAGAAAACGGACACCAAAAUAACAUUCCUUCUUCUUCACCGUACCCAGAAUCCUUCUAUCCCUCUUCACAGCUCAGGACUGAAGCACACGACGCAGACAGGCCCCAGCAGGCAGAUUCAACCGUUGGACAGUACGGUACCUACUUGAAAGCUCCUGGAGGACGAUCAGAGGGUCCACCAGGGGCCCAGAGGCCCCAAAACCACCAGGAACCUUUCAGUCAGAGCUACCACGGGUCCUAUAGUCACAAGGACCAGGGACCCCACAGCCACGUGUUCCAAGAACAGAACCAAGGUUUCCACAUUCCCCAUAACCAGCCCACCCCUCCCAGGCCCUCGUCCUCACAGGAGUGGAGGGACCCCUACCCACCUGUCCAGUCCAGAGGAGACCAGAGCAGAUCAGUGGACCAGACCAGCAUUCAUUCAGACUCAGAGGCGUUCUCCAGGUCUUCACAGGGACAGGUACCACCCACCCACUCUCCUGUUCACUCUCAGCAUCAGGCUCCACCCACCUCUGCCCCCCAGACGUCUCCCCGUCAUCUCAGCGACUCAGCGGCUUUGCAGUACCAGCACUGGGACCACAGAGAGCGGGAGAAAGACAGAGAACACCCACUGACUCGGCUGGAGAUCGCCCUCGUCGAGGUGCAGCGCUGCGCCAGCUCUGACAGUGUCGUCUCUGCCAGUAGCCAUGGCAGCAGUAGCUUUGAAGAUGGCAGCCACGGGCCAACCCGUAGCCUCUCGGUCUUGGAGAAAGUCAGUCGCUUUGAGCGCCGGGAACGUGCCGGAAAGCAGCGCAGUCACAGCACAAACAAUUCACAGAGCAAAGCAAACCAUCAACGGAUGACUGAGAAAGGCCGGAGCUCCCCCUGCGGAGCAGAUGACCUGAGACACAUGCUGGAGAGAAGCACUAAUGGGACCAAAGCCCACAGAACUCUCAGCUACAGGGGAACGAGCAACGACCUCAUGAAAUACAGGACUACAGCAGAUCCCAGUUCAGCUCUCCAGAGGAGUCGCAGCAGCUUCCAGCUGGAAGAUUCCAGGGAGAUGGACGGCAACAAAGACUUCACAUGGAGACAGGACGUCCAGGAGGUGCUGGGCACCAUGCAGGACACGCCCCUCAACAGAUCUUACAGAGACUCUUUGAAAGAUGCCCAGUCUAAGGUCCUGCGGUCCACCUCCUUCAGACGGAGAGACCUCAGCUCCUCAAUCAGUCCUCCACCCGCAGCUCCUUGUCCUGCGUUCUCCUCCAGCAGCCACCAGCCUCCAGCCGUCCCGGCCAAGUAUCACUCCCUGGAGAAAAAAGGCCCAAAAACCAUGCCCAAGCCACAUGGCAUCAUCAUCACACCACAGUCCCCACCGCCGGUCACUUCCCCUCACACCCCGAAGGAGCGGCACGUGGUUAGCCCGGAGCUUCGAGGACAGAGCCCGCCAACUCUUCCCAGCGUCCCACCAGUUGGACCACCUGCUCUGACACGGAUCUGUGGCCGCAAGCGUCUGAUGGCCGAGCAGAAGAAGCGCUCAUACUCGGAGCCAGAGAAUUUGAACGAGGUUGGGGUUUCGGAUAUUGAGACUGCUGCCCUCUUCAGGCGUGGAGGAGAGACCAGCGUGGCAGACCGGCGGAGGAUAUUUGAACUGGCAGCCAGUCGUGUCGGGGGCGGGGCUUCUCAGAACGCCGCGCCGAGGCCCGACCUACGGCAGCUUCAGCACGACGCUCUCACCGAGUAUGUGGAGAGGAAGAGAAGCGUGAGGAGAGGAGAGGGAGGACAGAGGAGGCCACGCAGUGCUUUUAUACAACCUGACAACAACAGUCAUAUGGUCUCCUACAGUUACUCAGAAACCCAGAGCCUCUCCUCCGCCUCCAGCUUGCUCUCCCUCCAGGACUCUGGCCCAGAACAAAGCCACUCUGGGGAGCGGCGCAUCUGCUCCACCGUUCUCCCUGGAACCGACCUGCGUAACCACCAGUCCAACCUCUUCUACCCGGGCAGAGUGAUGAGUCCAAGGCCUCCAGCGCACCCGCCACACCGUGCUCCUCCUGACUCUCCUCCUGAGCCCCAGGGCAAGCUCCUCCAGGACCUCAGUGCUGAGGCAGGUCUCAGCAGACACAGUCAGUCUUUGAGCAGAGACUCAGGUCCGGGCCACCAGCAGCCCGACGCAGAGGCUCAGCUCAGCCUGGGUCUGUCCAAGCAGCUCAAUGGGGCUCUGGAGAGGGCCGGGUCGAAUCGGAGCCCAGGAAGGUCGGUGUCUGCUGAGGAUCUGCUGGGGCAAUCCGAGAGACAACCGACAAACUUCCUCUCCUCCGCCUCCGUGGAGAGAGUUAACAAG